AUGGCCAGCGUCGAUGCUCUUGUCAACAUGACCAAAGUGUCCAGAGCCGCCUUCUGGCAACAAAACGCCAACCUUACAGAAGUUCAGCGACAAGCAAAGUGGGCAAAAUAUCUGGCCUGGGUUUCCACUCAGACAAAUGGCUACCAAAUCCAACUUCCAAGCAACAUCCCACAGAAACGAGGCCCGACAACUGAUCGGAUUGGUAUGGAACCUGGAUCUAAGCGUCCUUCUGUUUCAGUAGCUUCUACAGCGCCAGCUCUUGAACGACACUUUUCUGCCCCAUCAGGGCCAGCUACGUCGCAGCGUAACAUGUGUCGACCGUCUGGCUUUCAGACUUCCACUGAAUCUGCUCCGAUCAACAUACCUCGGCGACGUAUACUCUCUGGUGGUCGGCUUCCUUCUACAUCUAGCUCAAUCUACCCCAGCCACUCCUACCCACCCUCUAUGCUCCCAAGACUUGAAGAAGUGCACGACUAUUCGCCACAAGCAUAUCUUAAUCAGCAGCAAAUACUUGUCGAGAACUUUUCGCCUACAGACUCGUCCUUUCUCACGCACUGUGGUACGGAAGCACAAGAUCUAUCUCUAUACUCUACAGCGAGUGUCCACAACAUCACACACCCUGCACAUCAUUCCCCACGAACUGCAGCAAGCGGUGCCCUGCCAACAGGUACCACUACCAUUACUAGUGAGCCAAUGUUGCGCAACAACACUAGCGACCUCCUGUGUGGACCCCUAGUCAUGUGUCGAGUUGGUUCAUCCGAUUCAGAUGCAUCAAGUGGUUACGCACCAGAACUCUUUCCUUUUGUUAAUGAUGUACCUUCUCAAGAUACAACACUACCCCCGUCCUUGAUAUGCAGCUCUGCUGAGUAUCAAGGUGCCCCUUUCUUUCCUGUCUCUAAACAAUCCCCUACUAGCCCACACUCCCCUCUCGAGGUCAAGCAACUAUCCUCAAAGCAGGGUACUGCUUCUCCUCGCUCUCCUUCAUCUCAAUCACGUGUCACAAAGAGAGUUCAAGAACAGAACGCUCAAGGCACGCGGCCAAUUGCGCCGAAAAACAAUGAUGAUGCACCAGGCGGUCAGCCUGCGCCAAAACUCAAAGCUUUCAAGAAUGAGGAUGGCACAAUUGUACACAAAGCUGAGAUUGCCCGACAUACUCGUCAGCAAGCCCCAAGUAAGAAGACCUUUUGUCAAUUUUGUAGUGAUCAUGACGAUGGCUUUCACGGCGAUCAUGAACUGCGACGACAUAUCGAAAGACACCAUACACAGAUUCGAAGAGUUUGGGUAUGUCGCGAUGCAUCUGACACAGGCAGAUUCUUGAUAAACUGCAAAGCAUGCCGCACAGGAAAGACAUAUGGUGCUAACUACAACGCUGCCGCACAUCUGCGACGAGCUCACUUCAACCCUUGCAAGAACAAAAGAGGUGGUCGAGGCAAGAAGUCCGAAGGCCGUGGUGGUAUGGGCGGUGGCAGCUGGCCAUCAAUGGACUUCUUGAAGGAUUGGAUGUUCGAGACAUUUGAGAUGAAUCUCAACGGCCGCAACAUAGUUCAAGAGUUCGCUCCCGAGGCCAACGUCCCAUCUUAUCCUGCUGAGCAGCUUGCAGAAUUUGAUCCGAUGGGUGCUCAACACGAUGCCGACUACGACGAAAGCUUCGAUACCAGCCCAGAGCAAGAGUCGAUGUAUUACGAUCAGUAUGAUGGCUCAAAUCAGAUAAUGUAUCCUAUCCAGAUGGUACAUAUGCCGCAGCAAGCACAGUCUUUCACUCAGGCACCCUUCCCAAUGCAGAGCGGUUCAUAUUCUCAGACUCAGGCGAUGCCCAUCAGAAUGCAUUCGCAACCAUUUGGCAUGCAGCACCCAGUAGCUGUGCCGUAUUGA